CCCCGCGUGCGCGCCCUGUGUCCAAAAAGGGUGCGCGAGGGACACAGCGGCGGUGGGACGACACACGGGUUACUCACAGGUUUGAACGUGUAGCAUAGGACCAGCCGGGAAUCAGCACUAACUUACUCUUAGGCCCGGGUUUGUGUGAGAAGAGGCGAUCCGAUGAUGAUGACGACGAUGGUGACGAUGAAACAAACGGAGACGCAGUACAACAACGGUUAUGUGCAAGAAGAGUACAUGCUGCCGGAGGAUGAGUGGGACCGGGACCUGCUGCUGUACCCCGCCUGGGAGAAACAACAGCGCAAGGGAGAGGCUUCAGCGAGUAGUAAGAGCAGCACAGAAGAUCAUUGGCUGCCCUCUCCCCUCCCUGAUGGAUAUUUACACCUCCCGUUGCCUCAGCAGAGGAAAAACCAUCAUUAAGGACAGUUCUCACCCUCGCUUUGAUCUGUUCAAUCUGUUGCCCUCAGGGAGACGUUACAGGUGCAUCAAAACAUGGACUAGUAGAUUUAAGAAUAGUUUCUUCCCAAAAGCUAUUACCAUUAUAAACACAUACAUGUACUGAGUUCACUGCAUAUGUAUAUAGUGUCUCAAAACUGUGCAUUUCAUAGUACCUCCCCCAUCCACCCGAAUAUCUUGUUUAUUUAUCUUGUUUAUUUAUCUGUUUAUUCUUCUUGUUUAUUGAAUGUACAUGUUUGCACGGAACAAAAAGGAGUGGCUCUUAAUUUCAUUGUACAUGUGUAUAGUGACAAUAAAAAGUCAUUCGCAUUC